AUGUCCUUCAAAUCAGAACCAAUCUUCAAAGAAAUUGCCACCCAAUUAACAACAAACACCAAAUUAACCAAGAACUUAAUUGAUAAGACCAAAUCAGUUAUUGUAUUCAAUUUAAAGAAUAAAUCAGGUUCAAAAGCAUGGAAAUUAGAUUUAAAAAAUGAUGGUAAAUUAUCAGAAGCAAAUGAAUCAGAUUUAAAUAAUUCUGAUUUAGUUAUAACAAUGAAAGACCUGGAUUUUAAAAAAUUAGUUGAAGGUAAAUCAAAUUCUCAAAAAUUAUUCCUUGGUGGUAAAUUAAAAAUUAAAGGUGAUGUUAUUAAAGCUGCAAAUAUUGAAACUAUUUUAAAGAGUCUUAGACCACAAAAGGCAAAGUUAUGA